AUGAGCCUGGGAUUUCUGUGUCUCUUUCUGGUUUGCAACACAGCUUCAUGCAUAAGAAGAGAAAAUAAGAAAGAGAAGCAAGUGGCAGUGCUGGCUACCGCAGAGCUGCCUGCGAAGUCCCUGGAUCUGGCUGCUAUUAACCUGACAGAGCUGGUGAACGGUAUGCUGAGCACAGCGCUCAGAGGUACCAAAAAACUCUUCUCUCUGCUGAGCGUCACGUCCUACAGCUCAUUUGCCUUCCACAAAGUGUCAGUCACCAUUUAUAACAUUUCUAACGUGAAAAAUGUUGACCCUGGCAAGUUCCCUAUGCAUUACUGCUACUGUUUGAACAAUGUGACAAAUGACUUGACGGAUUUUACAGCUUUACUUGUGGAUAUUAUAGGAAACUCCACCAGUUAUCUCACAGAAAUUUUCAAAUCCACUUCUAUUCUCUCAGUGCGUCAGAGUAAUGAUUCAGAUUGUAUCUACAUCUGUGUGAUGACAGGGCAGACAGGGAGAAAUCUGUCUGAAUUUUGGGAAAUACUGGAAAAGUCUCCUGUUGUUAAUUACACAUUUUCCAGUAACACAUCUUCUGACCUGGCUGACGUGGAUGCUUUCUGGAUGCAGAUGGUGACUCCUGAAGAAACCAGUGAUGGCAAAGUGAUGCAAACAGAGCCAGAUUUAACUUCCUCAGUGCUGUCUACGCCACCCCACAGGCCUGGUGUGACACUGAAAGUUUACUCAGCUACCAGGUGUCCACAGGCGAUCCUCAAAGAGUCCCGUGUGAGCUCUCUUCCUGUCACUCUUAUCAUGCAGAAGAUCAAUCCCUGUGUGAUGGAGCUGUGUAGGUUUUUUCAGCUGUGCCUCUGUGUUGGUCAGAGAAAAUAUUCCAGAAAGGAAGCCAUGAGGUACUGCAUUGAAUACUAUUCCUGGUUCUUGAAAAAUGCAAGUUAUGUCUGUGAAAGAGUCAAAAGAGUUGCUUACUCCCACACACUGAAACAAAAAUGCCUUAAAAACAUCUGUACGUCGGUCUAG